AUGGAGUCGCUUUUCCACACCUCCUCUGUAUUCUAUCCAAGCCCAACCCUCGUCGGACGACGAGCAAUCGGCGGUGGAAGCAGAAACUCUGCCCUCUCUUUCAACCUCCCCCUUCAUUUCUCUUCCUCGUCUUCUCCUUCUUCCUCCGCUCCUCCGCCGACCCUCAAUUUGAGGAGGAAAUCGACUGCGGCAGUUCGUGCUCGGAAGAAGAAAGACAAGAAAUACGACGAUGACGGCCAUUACUUCGCUCCCAAACAAGAUGAAUCCACCGGACCUUUCCCCGAAGCCGUCCUCCUCCGGCAGAAGCAAGUGCAGGAAGACGGCAGCGUGAUGCCCGAAUUCGCUGACGAUGAAGAAGAAGAGCUAUACGAAUUUCUUAACCUGGAGCUUCAAAGCGAUUUGAAGGUCGACCUCAUGCGGCAUUACGAAGUGGUUUAUCUAAUUCAUGAGAAGCAUGCUGAAGAAGUUGAUACUGUGAACGCGAAGGUUCAAGAUUUCCUGAGGGAGAAGAAGGGAAAGAUAUGGAGAAUGAACGACUGGGGGAUGAGAAGGCUAGCAUACAAGAUUCAGAAAGCCAAGAAUGCGCACUACAUCCUGAUGAACUUCGAGCUGGAAGCCAGAUGGAUCGACGAGUUCAAGACCAUGCUAGACCAAGACGAGAGGGUCAUUCGACACCUCGUGAUCAAGAGAGAUAAAGCCAUCACUGAGGACUGCCCUCCUCCACCCGAGUUCCAUACCCUUCGCGCUGAUAUGGAUGGUGAUGAUGAUGAAGAUGAAGAGUUUGACGAUGACGAGGAGUGGGAUGAAGAUGAUGAAGAAGAAGGUGAGAUGGAGGGUGAUGAAGAGAUGGAAGAUGAUGAUGGAGUUGUGAUUGUGAACAUUGAUGAUGAUGAAGAGAAUGAAAAUGGGAGGGUCCAUUUGACUGGUGUAGGCAACUUGAGGAGAAGGAAUAAGGUGGCUGAUCAAGUGAGAAGGUAG